AUGGCUCGUCCUGCUGUGAUGUUCCAUUCCAAUGAUCCUACGAAAGAAUUAUCAACGGAAUUGGUACCAAAUCUACUGAAUGUUCAACCUGCAAGUUUAUCUUCUCCCAGCUCCAGUUCUUCCUUCUCUUCAUUGCAAUCAUCCUCAAACAGCUCGAUAACGUCCCUCAAUGAUCAUUCGCCAUUCCCGUCCACGAUACAGAAAGAACGAGGAAUUAAAAUUGAAAAGAAACACAUGCUUGAAGUGCUUCAUAUGCCUCAAACACAAGCCUCUGCUGUUUUAAAAUGUAGUCUAUCCACUCUGAAAAGGAGGUUCUAUGCCCUCAAAGAUGAAAUUGGUAUUGAAACUUGGCCUCAAUUCUUUAAGGACAUUCGUCAUUUGAAAUGCUUUCCCCAAAUAUAUCCAAUGAGCCUUUCCUUUAUCAUGAAUUCAGAGAUGAGAGAGGAAAAGGACAUUCUUGCUCAUGAAUGGAAAUUGAUCCAGAACGCGUUUGCCUCAAAUUCAGUUUCGUGUAUCUCUUGUCAGCCUUCUUCGACUUGGAUAUCCAAGAAUCAAAAAGCAAAAAAGAAGAAGGCCUUUGUGGAACACAAAUUUGUCAUGUCGUCGUUUGUGAAUCAAUUGAUUCUUCCUGCUAAUAAAACGGUAUACACACAGAGGUGA